AUGAUGAGCUCUGACUUAAGAGAAUUCGAUGCACCGAAUUUCAAGAAUUCUACGUUUAGACUGGAUAGACCUUCCUCAUACCUUCUCAACAAAGCCAGACGAGAUGAGAUUAAUGGCUACUCAAACCUAAAGAAGUCGAUGUCUUCCUCGACAAUUUACAUUGGAAAGCUUUCAUUUAAUACAACGGAAGAACAACUGUUUGAGCUAUUUAGCAGUUGUGGCCCAAUUGUGAAAAUCAUCAUGGGGCUAGAUAAACACAAGCUAACUCCUACAGGAUUCUGUUUUAUCAUAUUCGACACACCAAGUGGAGCAUUGAAUGCAAUUAAGUACCUCAAUAAAACAAAGGUCAACGGCCGUUCUAUGGAGAUAGAUUUAGACCCGGGAUUCGAAGAAGGACGGCAAUUUGGUAGAGGUGCUGACGGCGGACAGAGACAACCACAACAGCAAUAUGGACAUCGCUACGAGCAUGGCCGAAGAGAUGCUUUCGAUAGAAACGGGAGAAGCGGAUAUAGAAAUUUUAGGGGAAGAGCGAGAGGCAGGAAUUCUUACAGAGAAAGACAAAGACAUCACACUAUCUCUCAGAACCGUGAAAACUAUCAACCACCUCAACAUCAGGAUUCUCAAAGAUGUGAUGACCGCCAACCCGAAGUGCCUCCUCAUUUGAUGGGUGAGGAUUUUGCCUCGGAUGUAUCCAAUCAAGAGCUUCCACCUCAUUUACGAUGA